AUGCCAUCGGCACCGACUCCAGAACACUUGCCGAUAAUUCCAGCCUCGCUCGAAGGACACUCUAUCGUCGGAGUCGGCGUGCCAGUCGGGGUUGGGUUGGCUUUUUGGGUCGGCGGCGGUGGGCCAACUGAGCAUAAGUCGAAAAACAAACAGUCACCACAUGUGGCGCUGUGCCAGGUCAGUCAUGUAGUCGUUCCUGCUGCCGGCCAGGUAAAUAUCACCACAUCGGUGUCGGAGCUGGAAUUAGGCGACAGUGAACCAGGAGCGAAGGCCGGAGCCGACGUGGUGCUCAACACUGAUGCGGUGGAAAGUCUGUCCGUGGCAAGACUCGGGCUUGGCCGUCAUGCGCGACACACGAUGCUGCGCCAAGUCGGCGAGGUCGACGUCGCCGCGGCCGGCUGGGUAAAUAUCACCCCGCAGGCGUCGGAGCUGGAGUUGGCGUCGAGCAUGGACUAG